GAAAAUGACCCGUCAAAACUGUCGAAGCCGUCGAUCAGCUGCGAAGGAUCGCGCGCAUGCUGGUGCUGAUACCAGCCAAACUAUAGGCUUAGCGGGCGAUCAUAGGACAAGAGGAUUUCCUUCUCAUGCGGAUGGGUUGGGAUCUGUCUCUUCUUAUGUUCUCUCGCAGCCGAAUAGUAUUGUGGCCCCCUCGGGCAGCCGUGACACGCUAGGCCGUGGAGGCCAACAAGCUAACUUUGCUGUUGUUUCUGCAUGGUCGAAGCCAUUGCGUAUCGUGGAAGCUCCUCAAGCAUCCAAGAAAGAUGUGGUGACGAAGAUGCCAAUUCGUCAAUCUACACAACAACACUUGAUAAGGACGGACCCACCGAUUGCUCAGGCAAAGCCCGCACCCAAGUCGGGCAAGAAGGCGGGCAAGAAAACGGAGAAGAAAGCAGAGAAGAAAGCGGAGAAGAAGAAACGAAAACCGUUCUACAAGGAAGUGAAGAGGGAGAUCAGAGGACCAGCGUACUGGAAGAAGAAGGCGGAGGAGGAUGCGCGCCUAUUAAACAUUGCCCGGGGAAUCUGGAGACGUGAGGUAGGAAAAAAGACAGCUGGUAGGUGCUGAGUGCUGGAUCUCUCCUUUGUUCAUCAUUUCAAAUUGACAUAUCUUGUUUAGAGUACAGGCGAAGGAUGGUGGCCAAGAAGUAUAAGAGACGUCGCCGUGUCUCACGCAAACGGAUGGAGACACAGGAGGGCAAGAAUCGAGAGGCACGUCACAAGAAACAAGACCAGAGGCAAUUUUUCGUAAAUUUCAAUAAAGCUUAUGGAGAUAAGCUUCGGGUUG